AUGAAAAGGGAGUUAAACCCUGAUCACCACAGGUCUGAACCAUUAACAUCUGUACUUUCCAAACCACUGACUGAAGAGGAGCUGAGCACUGAUCUGCGCCGCAUCACCGUAUCGCACUGUCGGACACAAUAUGUUGAGAAAGUCUGUGAGUUGUCAAAAGUGGAUGGAAACAUUGAAGAGAAGCCUCACGCUGACUGCAAACAACCAGGGAGGAUCCAUGCGGUUCCGAUCCACCGGCGUCCAGAUCUGCUGGUUCCAUGUGCCGACCUGGUCAAUUCUGAGUGGCAGAGGAGUCAGGCCGCUCGGGUCCACUCCCUCCAGAAGUCCUGUCCAGAGUUCCCCGUCUGCCUGGUUCUUCUGCAGGGACACAGAGAGACAGAGAGGCUGCUUGGACACGUCAGACUGUCCCAUGUCGUGGGUCACAGUGGCAGCCUCUUCGUCGAGUCGGUGGUUGUGUCAAAGGUGGAGCGAGGGAAAGGCUAUGGCCGGACUUUGAUGGAGGAAACUGAGCGCUACGCAAAAAGCAGAGGCUAUAGGCGCUUGUGCCUCACCACCCACGAUAAGCAGCACUUCUAUGCACACCUUGGCUACGUGCUGUCGACACCAGUGCAGAGCGCUGGCGCUAUGACAUCGUUUGUUCCCAUGGAGAUGCUUCUGAGGUUCUCCAGAAUGCCGAGUGUCGAGAUGAACAUGCGGAAACCGACACUGAUGGCUGCUCAAAUACCACAAGGAAACAGAGACUCUCAGGGUUCUAGUGUUGUAGGGUCACUGCUAUCUUCUAGUCAACCUCCUUCUCCUAUUUCCAUGCUUCCUUCACAACCUCCACCCUCUUCUAUUUCCAUGCUUCCUCCUCCUUUCUCUUCUGUUCCUGCUCCUCUCCCGCCACCUACUCCCAUCAUCCCUCCUCCACCACCUCCUCCCCCUCAGUCUGCAGGGCAGCUCGUUGUACAGACUCUGACUGAAACUCCCUACAGAGAUGCCAAAGGAACUCCCAUCUAUUGGAUGCACAAAGACAUUUGAUGAACAUACAGUAGGAUAUACUUGGACAUGGGCUGGCUGGCAUCAGUGCACACGUGAAAGGGGAGGUUACACGUGCACAUUUUAUAAAGACACAUCUACACCCAUGGAACAUACAUACCGUCAGUAGUCUUACAGAUACACAACGAACAACUUGAGGAUCAAGUGCAGUGCGGUUAAAACUUGUGUUUGCUUAAAGCAAACAAAGGAGCCAAAAAUGAAUGAAUGGAUGGAGUCAUUUGCAGUGUUACAGCAGCAUAGAUGGUAAAUUAAAAAAUAAAAAAUAAAGAUAAUACAUAGAUGGUCAGAAGAUACAUUAAAAACUAGAUAUUAAAUUUUAAAUAUUUUCACAAACCAAAAUGUUUCACUAGAAUGCACAGCCAGACAUGUGAUGUACUGUGAACGCUCAAACAGAAUAAAUGAUGUUGCAAUCCAAAAUAAAAACCUCAACCAUUUAAAGCAGUUAAAUGUUCUCUCUGGGAGCUGCUCUGCAUCUCAGAAAGGUAUAAACUCAAUUCUGUAUUUGCUGCUGUUACAUUACUGUAAUUUUAUACGGGAGGUUGGAAUGUGCCUUUUUAAAGUUGCAAAGUUGUUUUUCACUUAUAAAACUGAGAUAUUUCUCCUUAUUUUUUUAAUGGUGAAAAUUAAAGACGAUCCAUUAGAACUUUC